GUUGUUUGAACGGCAAUACUUUUUUGUUUGUUUUUAAAGGAAAAUAGGACGCGCUUCAGUUUGUGUAGCAAAUUGAAUAAAAGAUUUUCUGUGUUUUGCAGCGGUGUUGAGUGAUUACAACAAAAAACAAUAAAUUGUCUAUGAAUUAUAUUGACUUAAUUGUGGUCAUACUCGAUCAACUAAAAGCUUUAAUUAAAGUUACAGCGAUUAAAAUAAAAAUAAAAAAUCAUACAAAAAGUUUUAAGCGUGGAUUUAUAAGCAGCAGCAUAUAAACUAAAUUAUUAUCCAACAAAAUGAGGGUCCCAACAAUGCUUUCCGAAGUUUCCGAACUGCCCUCGGUGCAAUUGGGCGAAUUCACAUUACAAUUCGAAUUGGGCGAAGCAACAGAACGUGCCAAGGAAGUUGCCAUAAAAGAAUUGCGUGAAACACCAGAUGUCAAAGAUGUGGCUGUUAAAGAAUUGAGCCGAUUAAUGGAAGCUGAGACAGACCUACGCUACCCUAAGGACAACGAGGAAUGGUUGGUACGCUUUUUACGCCCCUGCAAAUUCUAUCCAGAAAGUGCGCGCGAUUUGAUCAAACGCUACUACGCCUUUAAGCUGAAGCACGCAAAUGUCUACGAUGGUCUGGUGCCCAGUAGAGAAGCCAACAUUUUCAAACACAACAUACUUACAGUCUUUCCGAAUCGCGAUCAAUGUGGACGUCGCAUUUUGUUGCUCGAGUUGGGCAAACGUUGGAAGCACAAGGAAGUCACGCUCGAUGAGGUCUUCAAAGGUGCCGUCCUCUUCCUUGAGGCGGCUAUGUUGGAACCAGAAACGCAAAUCUGUGGCGCCAUUGUUAUAUUCGACAUGGACGGUCUGAGUUUACAACAAACAUGGCAAUUUACGCCACCAUUCGCUAAACGUAUUGUCGACUGGCUGCAAGAUUCAGUGCCACUGCGAGUCAAGGCCAUACACAUCGUGAAUCAACCGAAGAUUUUCAAUGUAGUCUUUGCGCUCUUCAAGCCUUUCCUACGUGAGAAAUUACGUUCGCGUAUCUAUUUCCACGGCACCGAUCGUGAAUCGUUGCACAAACACAUCUCGCCGAAAUGCUUGCCAGCCAACUAUGGUGGCGACUUGGAGUUACAGCGCAUCGAUGGUGGUCAAUGGUAUGAGUUGUUGUUGCUGUGCGACAAGGAGUAUGUAGCGAUAAAUUCAUAUGGGUACAAGAAGUGAGUGAAUGCGGAGGGAAAGAAGAAAAUAUAACGGCAGCAGAAUUGUUAAUAUGUAUUUAUGUAGUUAAAACUCCUUUUGGCUUAACUUGAAGUUGUAAAGAUAAUUUUGUAUAUUUUUUUUUUUUAUUGAAAUGUUACCAAUUUUUUAAUAUAAGUAUGCGGUAUAAAAAGAAUUACAAAACAGCACCACUGAGAAGAAACAUACUACGUUACUUACGUGAUACACAUACAUAUGUAUGUAACUAUAAAUUGGAAAAUAAUUUCAUAUUUAGUGAAAUUAAGUUAUGGGCCAUAACAUAAAUUUGCAUUCGUAAAAAAGGCCUUGAAAUACAGGAAAAAGCAGCUCAAAUAAAGAAGUUGAAAUAUGUAUGUUUGUACUUAGUCACGUACUUACGUAUUUAUUUUUAUAUUAGUCCUUAAACUUUUUGUUUAGAUUGGGAAUAUCUUUUUAAUGAAAUUUUAAAUAAAAACGAAAUUUCUAUAUUUAAUAAAAAUUAAAAAGAGAACUUAUUUUAAGGUUUGGUGGGAUUGUGAAAUUCAGUUUGUCGCUGAGUUUAUAAAGCAUAAGCAAUAGAAUAAUAAAUUUAUUUUUAAAAUAAUUUGUAUAGGAAAACCUUAAUAAAUAAUAUUUGAUAAAUUAAUUGAUUUGAUUUGGCACUAUAUAUAGCUUUUUCCCACGGUAGAGGACGACUCGGAGAACAAUUUCUCAAUAGUCAAACGCACUUUACAUUUCUGCAGUUAGCUGUAUCUGUGGACUCUGCUGUCAUGUAAGCGCAUUAAACUUUUAUUAUGCGCAAAAAGAAAGUCACACAUUUACAGGCCUAUUCUGCGUUGGUAACAAAAAUUUUGUUGCCGGUAAAUAAAGUAGCUGGUAAUUUUUCAACCCUUUUGGCAUUCUGCGCACUAGUAAAUUUUGUUACCACUUCAUAAGCAGGUAACAAAAUAUUGCCCCGUGAAGAAUGAAGUAUGAAGAAUUUAUGAAAAAUUUCAUAGCUGAAUAACUGAAUAGAUUAAAAUGCUACCAAGGGACUUAGAAUAGCGGCUACAAGAAGUGGUGCUAUUUUUUGGUAACAAAGAAAAUUAAAUUAAAAAAAAAAAACCUUAAGUUAAAAAAGGAAAAAUUACAUAAAGUAAGUCUCUUAAAAACUCAUGUCGAUUGAAUCCAAUUCGAAGUUCACAUCACUCCUGUUGGCUGGUCUCUGUACUUCGUCCAAUUUCCUAGCAAACAGAUUUUUGAUGACUGCAUUCCGAUAAACCAAUAUACAACGUCUCGUGGGCAACCCAUCCGCAGCGCAGUUUUCUGCAACAUCACUCAGGGCGUCAGGCCCUUCCCUGCUAGCUAAGAGCGCACUGUUAGCGGUCUACUCGCCAGAUCUUUCAGCGGGUUUACGUCCAUAAUCCAAAACGAAUUAAGAGAACACCAUCCUGUGGCAAAUCCGUGUUUACCCUGCACUGCUGCACUUUUUCGCCACAGUUUUGUCACAGAGCAUGCGGUACAAAUACUAUAUACAGGCAGGUUCUGCAUUUCACUUCCGAGUGAGUUUCAACCUAAUUUGCUUUGAAUUCAAAUUGACAGGGGUUGAAAUUCACUCGGAAGUGAAUUGCAGAACCAGCCUGAUUGGCUUAAUAAGUUCAGUUCUGGAUGCUCAGAUGAAGCAUUGAAUUCCAAACUCCGAGCCCGUCAGUGUGGGACUUAAACCCGAACUAAACCUCAUACCGUCCUAAUACCACUCCUCUGGUAUUGCGGUCUGGUAUUACUUCGGGCGGUGCUUUAAGUGUUGAAAAGUGGCAUCGAUUUGGAACAGUACUUUGCAUUGUUAAAAAAAAAAAAAAAAAAACCUUAUACGGUGUCCGUUUAUGCACUGCCGUUAUUGUAACGUUCGCCUACGCCU